UCACCAAUGCAGGCAUUAGUGGCUGAAAUGCUUGAUCCUUCUUACAUUAUACUGCAAGUCAGUCAGUUCUUCAGACGGAUUUGAAAGCGAUUCCAGCUUGAGAGUGCAUUAGAUUGACUGAUUUCGUGAACUUUGGUUUUUGUCGAUAAUCAUCACAUAAGAAUUAAAUCAUGGACAAGAUCUCUGGAAAGGAAUUGAUCAAGGCCGAUGGCUCCACUUCCUCCGUGGACCAAGCUUUGGCUGACAAGGAGAUUGUGUGCUUUUAUUUCUCCGCCCAUUGGUGUCCUCCCUGUAGGCAAUUCACUCCCAUCCUCAAGGAUUUCUAUGCGGAAGCCAAUGAUAUGGGGGUUGAGAUCAUUUUUGUGUCUUCGGACAAGUCCCAUGACGAUAUGAUAUCGUACAUGAAGGAAUCUCAUGGGGAUUGGUUCGCCUUGAAGCAUGGUGACGAUUCAGUCAAGGAGCUCAAAGAGAAUUUCCAGAUCUCGGGCAUUCCAUCCCUGAUCGUGUUGAAGAAGGAUGGAACCUUAAUCACCAAAGAGGGCCGUAAUCACGUCCAAGGCAAGGGCCCUAAUGCCGUCAAGGAAUGGAAGGCCUAAAUCCUUGAACCGCAGUAUUAUGGAUGGUUCAUUGAGUUAUUAAUAAAUCCUUAACCAUCAUCUCUCACA